CCGAACCCGAUGAGGAAAGCUGCCUAUUUAGCCAUCGAGCUUAUAUAAACGAGACGGUGGUGACAUGGGCUUGAAGUAUAUUGACCAUCUCUGGGCAAUGUAGAGGAGCUAUUGCGCGAGGGUCUGGUCUUUAGCGACGGCAUAGUAUUUAUAUCUGACCAGGCUUCCUGCAGCUAAACCGACUGUGCGGGUCGGGGUUCAAGAGUAUUACGUUUCUACCACCGAUAUUAUACCUCAACAUGAAGGGAUCAAGUAUCUUGUCCGCGUUGGCUCUUGCUGGCGUUUCCGCCGCUCAGACUCCAGAAGGCUUCACUCCCGUCGUUGAGCAGAAGCUCGAGGUCACGUUCGGGACUAAAUCAGUCACACCUGGUCUGGCGCUGGCAAAGACCGAAACCUCGAGUCAACCGACUAUCGGGUUGAAUGGUACAGCUGACGGUACCUACAUCUGGAUGUUGAUCGAUCUCGAUGCUUCGACCAACUUUGUAAACCCCGGGGCAGGUCAACCUGCUACUUACCUACACACGGUGAUCCGGGACUUCAAGGCAAGCGGUGCCGCAUCGGCUGAUGGUAUUACAACUCUUACGUCCACAUCCAACCAACCCGUGGCAUGGUUUGCGCCGGCUCCACCAGCAGAGAACCCCCCUCACCCGCACCGAUACACGAACCUCUUAUGGGAGCAGCCGGAGAACUGGGCAAUCCCCGCCGCCGCGAACCAGAUGCUGCAGACCCAGAGGUCGGGCUUCGACGUUCCAAAGUUCAUUACUGCGGCAGGGCUCGAGGACCCUAUUGCUGCGAAUUACUUCAACGUUACCGGUUAAAGGGAAGGCGAAGACAUAAAUCAGGACUUCGGUCGAGGAUACCAAGGACGAAAGAUGUAUAUAUGAAAAUAUCGGCUUGAAUCGUGAAGGAAACUUUGCGUUCGCUUGAUAACUAUCAAGAUAUCCACAGAGACAUGAAUAUUCCCUUUGUUCUUAACUUCGGCUUCACCACUUUUCUGCUACUUGAUCUCGAGAACGACAAUUUGCGCAUUCCCUUAUCAAUCAAGAUAUCCUUAACCUUUGGCAUUCAAGCCAUCUCAGUCGUAGGAGGAUAGCAAGACCCCUU